AUGAAGUUCGCGGCUAGCAUUCUUCUUGCUGGUCUAACUGCCACAGCAUCGGCCCUGCCUACCACUGCCAAGUCUGCUCCUUCGGGAAAGUGGUUUGACCGCUUCGUGGUGGUCGUCCUUGAGAACACCAACAAGGCCACUGCUCUCGGCAAUGAAUACUAUCAGAGCUUGACCAACAUGGGCAUGCUCCUUGACGGUUACAAGGGGACCACUCACCCCUCUCAGCCCAACUACAUCUCCAUGAUCACCAGCACUAUCGCCGGUGGUGUCUUCGAUGAUGCAGACCACAACACCACCCAGAUGAGCUUGGUCGACCUCUUUGAGCCGGCCGGCCUCACCUGGAAGGCAUACAUGGAAGGCUACCAGCCCCUCGCCGGCGGAGAGUGCAACCCCAUCUCCAAGAACAAGACCUCCGGCUACGUGCGCAAGCACAACCCCUUCAUGUCCUUUGACAACAUCCGCAACAGCACCGCCCGCUGCCGCAACAUCGUCAACGCCGAGGAGCACUUCUCCAAGGAUGUAGCUCUGGGAGCCCACGCCCCGAACUACAUGUUCUACGUUCCGAACCUGGCCAACGACGCCCACGACACCAACAUCUCCUACACCACCACAGACGUGCAGUCCAUCCUUAACCCUAUGCUCACCAACAAGGAGUUCAUGAAGGAUACGCUUAUCCUGGUGACUUUUGAUGAAAACGAUAUCUACUCGCCCCAGUUCUACGGAACCGACAACGACGUCUACAGCGUGCUACUCGGCAACGACUCCCUGGCCUGCUACAACUGCAUUGACCAGCAGUUCUACAACCACUUCUCCCAGCUCACCACCCUCGAGCAAAACUGGAACCUGACUAACAUCCCCAACCCGGACGGAGACGGUGCCAUGUGGGAUAGCUGGAUGCUGCCGUUCGGCAAGCUGCAGAGCAAGAAGGAGCGUGGACACUAG